GUUAUGCUUUGUGUAAGUGUAUCCAAGAAGUUAAUAGUCUUACUUAAUGACUCAAUAUUAAUCAAUCAGCAGAUGUUCAUUUCAUUUCACUGUAUCCUUGUAGUUACAACCCCUUCAAGAAACUGAGAAGUACUUGAGUACUACAGGAUUAUAAAACUUAAACAAUACUUUUAUAUACUGUGCAACAGAUUAGCAGACAUUUUCUGGUAAACUCUGGUAACAUGGCCCCAGGUGGGUUUCCAAAGCUAGCUUUAGGUUCUCCAACAGUCUGGUAUUUCAGUAGUGGCCUUUCAAUAGGUUUAGUUGACCACUGACAUCUAAUUACAGGCUGCCAUCUGUCCAGGCAGUUUAACCCCCUCUCCCACUCACCUCUACCUCCAAUCCCACCUACGCCCCUCACAUUAUCGUCACUGCUGCCCUCUGCGCAUGACCUCCUUCCUGUCCUACAUGAGCUAUGAUGUUACCCUCCUUUCACUGACUUUUCUGUCACUAGCCUGGGUUUGUUUUACUGGGCUAAAUGUUUGAAAGUGUUGGGCUGCCAAAAUCUCCUUCUUUUUAGCCAUUUUUGGUCCCGGGCUUGACUUUUUCCCUUCACAAAGUAUUGUCUCAUGCAUCCUGGCAUCCUGUUUUACACACUGACUGACACAAGCAUGCACACUCAUGACUUUGCCUACUUUUCUACCCUUGUAACUCAGUCUUUGGGCCUUUCUAUGUAUAUGGUCUCUAUCUUUAUUGCCAACAGCCAUCACCCUACAGGAGGGGUCACAGUAAUCAGCACAUCAAACUCACUUCAUGACACCUUGGCUGACUGAUUUACGUCAUCAGUGUGUUUUCUUUGAUUAGACUGAAAGUAUUAUCUUGAUUGUCUUAACUGUUGUUUCAGUGGGGGCAUAUAGAGUUAUCUGUUACAGUUGCACAAGCGUGUGUAUAUUUAAACAGGACAGAUGAAAGCAUAGGUUGACAGCAUUAGUAGCACUUCUUACAUGUACUCUGUUUAUUACACUGUAUGAAUAUCAUUCAUGGCUUAUUUUUGCAGCAUGAUUUUCUUUGCUCCACAAAUAUGUUCAGUGAGUCCAUCUAUUGGAUUACUAAUGACCUGUCCCGGCCCACCCAAUCCAACACUUAGCCAAUUACCAUCAUCAUCAUCAUCCUGUGAGUGCCAUGGCCAAUAGAAUUACUCCCCUCCUCUCCACAAAACAAUCCCUGACAUCUGACCAAUACCCUAGGCUCGUCUAAUUAGUGGAGUUAGAACAAGCAAGGAUUUGUGGUCACUUAUGAAAUGUUUUUCUAUUUGUGGAGAUGGUGAGGAUUUAUGUAAUGUGGAUGUCUAAGCACAAUCUAUAGCAUUUAAGCACAAUAACAACACAACUGUUAAAUGUUAAUUUCUUUAUAGCAGCUAUUUCAUUGCUUUGAAACACUAAAUAGGAUAUAUAUUUCUUUUGCAGGCAGUAACAUAUAUUACACAUAAAAAACUAGAGCAGGUGAAAGUUUGUCAAUAGUAGAAGUCAACACAUCUAAAAAUAUCUGCUAUUAGGCCAGUGACUCACUACUGGCAACAUUCCAGUUGGCUGGUCAGCAUUGUAACCAAUUUACUGGCAGUAUCAAGCUUUACCUGUGUUAAACCAUCGACCUACAAGCCAGUUCAACGUCAGCACUGACAUGUAUACUGCAAAUCUACCCCACUCAGUGUCAACAUGGCAGGUCAGGCCCUGUUAUUCAUGUAUUUCCUGCACUUGGUAACAGAACCAAGCAAACAAGAAAUUUGUUUGCAAUUAAUAAUAUACAGCUCACCACCAGUGACAUGAGAAAUGGAAAUGCUGAACAGGAAAAUGCUUUAAAAAAGAAAAAUCCACUCUCAGCCCAAACAAUGCCUUUGUGUGACACAACUCAAAUCUUAAGACUAAAAGAGAGAGAAAAAGAGGAAGGGAGUUGUUCCUAGAUAAAUAUCUGGUAAUGGGUUGUAAUGACGCUUAAUGACGGACAAGAGCUUCCUUAUGAAUACAAGGGAAGAGAGGGACAAACAAACGAUGACAAAAUUCUUGACAACUGUGUCCACCAAUUUGUAAGGCCUGGGGUUGUGACAUAUAAAAGUAAGAGCACUUGGGCCUCCUGCUCCCAUUUCUACACCCAUUGUCCAGACAGAAAGUCAGCAGCAACUUUAGACUUUCACUAAAAUCACUCAUAUACAAAAAAAAAUCACAUCUAUGAAUUUAGAGGACCUUCAAUUAACACAAUUUCCACUGACAUCUAAGCUCCUGAUUCAACACUGAGGAGUAAGAAAGAAGAAGAGGCUGCAUGCCAAAUCACUUUUGGCCAUCUGACAAAGGAAUUAAAACCAACCAUGACAACCAAGAUGGAAACGCUUGAUCCUUCAACUCUAUCAGAUGUCACUUCUACUGUCACCUACGACCCUAAAUCUGAUACAGUGACCUUACCAAGAGGGGUCGUCUCAGUGGCGGGCAUCACGAUGGUGACCGGGGGCGCUGAGCUUUCCUGUGGAUCCUGUAUGCUGGCCUUUGGUUUUUGGGGAACUCUCAUUGGCUUCAGUUGUGUUGCUGUGGGGCUGUGGGACUUGCUGAACCAGUCUAAAGGAGGGACCUCUCACUUACUGGGACUGGGAAUUGUGAUUCUGGCCCUCAGUUUGGUGGUGGUGGGAAGUGUGGUGGCAUUUUACCUCCUGACGAAGAAGAAGAGAGAGAUGACACGAGAGGAGAGAGAGGAUGGAAAAGAAGUUCUUGUAGAGAGUGAUAAGGUAAUUAAAAUAGUCACAGUUUAAAAAAAGAAUGAAUGAGAGAUAUUGAAGAGAAACUGAUGAGAAGUCUGCGCAGAAUUCUGAAUGGACUUUAAUGUAAAUAACACACAGUCAUACUGCACAGGAAAAACCAUGUGCCUCUUUUACAAAACAAGUUCACGCCAUGUCAUUUCCACUCUAUACCUCCUGCUCUUCCCUUUAUCUUUCAAUCUAAAUUAUGUAGAAAUGCAACUCUUGUUUUCCAGGGAAAUACAACAUAUUCCCUCCAUUUUAUGCUACUUUUGACUUCUACUGCACUACAUUUUAAGGGAACUUUUGUACUUUUACCUGCACCAUAUCUUAUCAACAGCUAUAGUUACUAGUUGCUUUGAUGAUCAUGAUUUUACAUACAAAACAUAUGAGCAACUUAUAUAUUUUGUUGUGUAUGAUUUGUUGCAUUGUUAUAAAUUAAACUACCCAACAGUAUAUAAAGUAGUUUUCAAUUAGCUUAGCCUCAUCCAGUUUCAAAAUGCUGUUUACAAAUGAAUGCAUCAGCACUAAUAAUCCAGUAUAAUAUAAUACUCUGAAAGGGGGCAUUCUGCUACCUGUUGAAUACUUUAUUUUUGAUACUUUAAGUACAUCCUGCUGAUAAUACUUCUGUACCUCUGUAAAUUAUGAAUACAGGACAUUUAAGUGUUUUUAUAUUGAGGUAUUGCUACUUUUAUUCAAGUAGCAUUUAGUAGCACUUCUUCCACCACUGCCUACCACCAAGUUUUACUCAUAAUGCCCAUAUUUUCUUUCAUUCUCAUGACUGGCAAUUUUGCAUGUACCAGACAAACCAUCUAGAGUAUGUAAUAAAUGGACUACAUGUAAAAUGUGUAUGUUUGUGUGUGUGAGAGAGAGGGACAGUGACAGAGAAGGAGAAAGGAAGAGAGAGAAGGACAGAAAUAUUAAUACCUGUAAGAAGGGCUACUGAGUGAGGGUCAACGGAACAAGACACCAACAACAUCAACAGAAAUCAAAAGGGAGAAGAAAGGAGAGGACCAGGACGAGGGAAUUUGUUAGUAGCCUACCUCCAUCUGCUGGAAUUUAAACGAAAUGUACUUCAUUCCAGUGACAUUCUUCGCAGUGAUUUAUGCUACAGUAAAUGUUGUAUACCUGUGUGAAAUAUUAACUCCACCUUUUAAGCUGUUUUCAUGUUGAUUAUUCACAGCAUAUUUCUUAUGUAAUAAAGACUGAGGGUUCAGCAAUAAUGCCUCUAUAAAAAGACA